CGCGGUAGAAACAGUAUUUUCGAAAUCGUACGCCAUGGAGUCUGAUUUCCGGAGAAUCUUCUUUGGGCGUUCUUUUGACAGUUUUGACGAGUUUAAUAGUUUGUUUUCAGACUUUAUGCUUCUUCAUUACGUCAAUUUCGUACGCUACAGCAGCAAAAAAUGUAACCUGUCACGGGUGAAGUACGACAAGGUGAUUUAUCGAUGUGUCCGCUGCGCUCGGCGGAAGUCAAAAAGUACAGGAGUGAGACGUGUUUACUCACGUGAUACUAACUGCCAAGCUCGCGUUAACCUCAUUAGAACGGGACGCAAGCUGAAAGUCACAACGUUCGAUCUGUCUCACAAUCACCCAGUUAAUCGCCUUCUUUUUGAGCGACACCCCAUCAAUCGCCGUCUGACGGACGAUGAGUUCACUCAGUCCGUAGACCUUUUCCGCUACAACACCCCAACAAGCGACAUCAAGCAGUUCGUCGAGGUUCGAUUCGGAAAGCAUAUUACCAGCGAUGAUGUCCGCAAUGUUCGUCGUAAACUGAGACCUGGCGUUGAGUUAAAAUUGCAUCAGGUUAUCAAGUCUAUGGAAGAAGACGGAGUUGCGCGAAUUAUUUCUGAGGAAGGCUUGUGCACACACGUAUUAUUCGCUCGGCAUCAACAAAUAGAACUUUUCCGCCGAUUCUCGCAUGUCGUUUGUGUAGACGCUACUCAUGGCACUAACCGUUUGAAGUAAGAAUUGAUAGCGGGCUUACUUGUUGCUUGCAGCUUCAAACUAUACCAGUUUUUAAUAACUGACGGCAUGGGGUAUGGCCGGCCAAUAUUUUAUGCGUUUCUGCGUCGGGAAGAUUACGCAUCAUUGCUUACGUUGUUCGAAGCGUUUCGGGAUAUCAUGGGUCAUGAUAUUCCCGUCCGCACAAUAAUGAUGGACAAAAUGGCCGCUCAAAUACGUGCGGCGCGCGCCGUUUUUCAAUGCGACAUUUUGUUGUGUUACUUCCACAUCCGCCAGGCCAUCAGGAAGCAUACAAACAUUAACCGGUCGCGUUAUCUGUUUCAUCGCAUGGCAACUUCUGACACGGAGACGGAAUUUCAACAAGAUUUGAAGCUCCUUCAAAGAACAGACCCCCACUUUGUGCGCUACCUUACGUUGUACUGGUUGUACAUAAAACGCUCGUGGGCGAAACACGCACAAGCUGGACUGGUGCAUUUUGGCAAUACAACGAACAACCGAGUUGAGAAUGCCAACUUGCGAUUGAAGAAAGUUACCCAUGCAUCGGAUGGCCUUGUUGCAGCCGUUCGCAAAGUCUGGGCGCAUUCGGAAGUUCUCCUGAAAGAGUCCCAGAUGCAUGCCGCGUUUUUCUGUGACAGGCGUCAGCUACUAGAAGGCAGCGCAUAUGUUCAUCGCGUAGUUUGCCUCUUAACUACGUACGCAUGCAACUUAGUGAUGCGCCAUUUAGCACAACCCAUGUUACAAGCAGUUUACUCGGACCUUGGAGAUGGAGUGUUUGAGAUAUCGCACCAGGGAAACCGCUUCACCAUCGAUUGCUCCUUGGGAACAUGUACCUGUCCUUUUUAUGAAA